GAAGAAGUGGACUGAUGACGUAUUGACCUAAGAUGGCGAAAAAACUGCUUAGGAAAUCUCCUUCGUCCUCAAAUAAAUUAAAUAGUGCAAACAUGACGGAUGAUUUUCAAUUACAUCUCGACUCAAGCGACGACGACGCUGCUCCAGAAGAGCUGACCUUCGAAGAGUCAAAGGCUUCUGCUCUACGGAGCAUGAAAAAUGCGUUGAAGACAUCCAAAAGAGAAAAGGAUUUUCUCAAAGAAAARCGAAGGAAGAGACAGGAGCUGUUUCAAGAACAGAAGAAAAGAAGACUUCUCCCUGCACAUAUUCUAGAAGAAAUUGACACAGCUCCAUCAAAAAAACAGAAGCUACCUGGAGAUCAAGCUGAAAGCAACAAUGAAGAGGCAAGCUGUUUAAGGGAGGAGGGGAGCGAAGGAUCGAAAGAAGGGUAUGAGAAAGAGACGAAGAAACGACUCAAGGGAAAUAUCCGGAGUCUGAAGGGGAACUACAGGGUAAUGAGGGUGGCGGACCAAUCUUCAAACAACUCCCAACAGCAGACAGCCAUGGAUUUCAUACAGGCCAGACUGUAUGGCCCGGGAAGUCGGAGGACGACAAACAAUGAACUUCUCUCCCUUCAAAAUAAGAGGGGCCCAAAUAAAAGUGCGGCCAUGCAGUUUGUGAAUAAGAAAUGGGGCACAGAGAAGAAAGCAAAGGCGGAGAAGUUGAAGAAGCAAUGGAUUCACAAACAGAAGGUUCCAUCAAGCUGAGCAAAUGGGGAAAUAUGGGGUGGACACCUAUCGGGUAAUCGCCCUUUCACUCUGCCCUGAUCUGAAAGCGCUGGAUAGGUUGAAUAAUUAUGGUUAUAGAUCAAACUAGCCUUCUGAUUUGGGUCAAAGUGCUUUCACCUAUCCAGGCCAUUGAGGAGCUGGAUCAAGCAUCUCAGAGUAGGAGUGCUGAUUAUGUAAUUUGUCAUUGUGAUGUAAAAUGGAAACCGAACCUGAAUCAGAACUACUACUCUGAUACAAUUGAUAAAUAUGAACGCCAAUCUGAGUUAAGUAGACCAGCUUUAAUGAUUUUUUAAAUAGUUGCACCUUAUGUGGAAUGAUCUCAAACUCCUUGAAGUUGUAGCCUCUAGGGCAAUUCAUGUGGAUGUUAGAGGGCCUUUUUACUGAAGAAUGCUAUUUUUCCCAUAUAGUGUAAUUGGUGUKAGACACACUGAAUAAAAAUGUAAACGCAACAUGUAAAGUGUUGGUCACAUGUUUCAUGAGCUGAAAUAAAAUAUCCCAGAAAUUCACACAAAAAGCUUCUCAUUGUGUGCACAUCCCUGUUUAGUGAGCAUAUCUGACAGGUGUGGCAUAUCAAGAAGCAUGAUCAUUACUAGGGCUGUCCCAUACUAAAAAACAUCUUGGUCGAUCGAGAGUCGUUCUGUCAAUGUUUAAAUGUAUUGUUCCACAGUCACACACCCUAUGUUUGAAUAAAAUCAACUACAUAUGCACUGAA